AUGAAGAAGGCUCCUGCCACGAAGAGGCCCACUCAGAGGAAACCCACCCCCGUACACACGCAAGAGAGGCCUUAUUUUAACCCUCUCCCUACUCCCCCCGAGCAUUUGCGUCCGGCACCACUGUUGUUCGUAUGGGGCACGGGCAACUUCGGCCAGUUCGGAAUGGGCGCGGACUUCCUGGGCGAGUACGAUAAGCCCACACGGAAUAAGUGGAUUGAGAAGAAAAUGGAGGAGGGAAACCUGGGUGGCCCUGGCGCGGGCCUUGAGGCCGUUGCGGCUGGCGGUCUGCAUUCGCUGUUCUUGGACGAGAAGGGCACUGUCUGGUCAUGCGGUGUUAACGAUGACGCUGCCCUGGGGCGUAUAACUGUCGAUGUGCCGAACCCUGAGAAGGAGGGCGAGUUCCUCGAUGUCGACGAGCUCACAGCUGUACCAUAUCCCCUACAAUCUCUUGUCGAGGAAAACUUCCGUGCUGUCCGCAUAACGGCCGGAGACACUAUCUCAGCGGCUAUUAGCUCUCAGGGUGACUUGCGUGUCUGGGGAUCAUUCAGAGGAAAUGAAGGCGUACUUGGCUUUUCAAGUGGUCUUAGGCAUCAGUUCCUCCCGGCGUCUAUCCUAAAUCUCAAGUCCCGUCCAGGCAACAUCGAGAAGUUCUCCUCUGUCGUCGCGGGAAACAACCACCUCAUCGUGCUCACAACUCAUGGCAACAUAUACACCUUCGGCGCCGGCGAGCAGGGUCAGCUCGGACGCAAAGUCAUGGAACGGCGUAAAAUCCACGGAACUGUGCCCGAGAAGAUCGUCCUCGGCUCGCGUAGCCACAAGGCUGUCGUCGUCGGCGCUGGCAGCUAUUCAUCGUACGCUGUCGAUGAGCAGGGGACUGUCUGGGCUUGGGGCCUCAACAACAUGGGCCAGACCGGCACGGGCUUUACGAGCGCCUCUGCGGACGGGGAGGUGCAGCUGCCGAAGCAAGUCAUCGGACUGGGCAAGGGUGAGCUCGGUGGCGAGGCGACCGUCGUGCAGAUCGUUGGCGGUGAACACCACACGCUGUUCCUCACGUCCGACGGCCGAGUGUACGCUUGCGGGCGCUCGGAAGGCGGCCAGCUCGGGCUCGCCGAUGACGAUGAGGCGUUUAAGGACCGUCCCUUCCCGGAUAUGCUCGCGGAACCCACGAAGAUCACUUUCUCGGACGCCAACGACCCCGUGGUCCACAUCUCCGUUGGCGUACACAACAACCUCGCGGUGACAAGGGGUGGUGCGCUGUACGCAUGGGGCAACGGUCCCUCGGGCGAGCUCGGUGUCAGUGGCGAGGAGCAGGCGCGCACGCCGACGGUGGUUGUGCGCAAGGAGGGUGGUGCAUGGGCUGCGAUCACGGCGUCGUGCGGCGGCCAGCACUCUCUAGCGUUGUUCAGGAAGAAGACUUAA